CAAUCACACACACACACCAAAAUGAUAGCUUACAUAGAACCAUACUUCUUGGAUAACGACGCCGAAGCCGCCUCCGCCGUCACCACCGCCGGAAAAUCUACCGAUGGCGUUUCUGAGUCACUUAACAUCCAAGGAGAAAUCGUAUGCGGUGGAGAUGCGACGGAUAUGGCCGGGAGGGAUUUUGGCGGCAUGAACUGUGUGAAGCCUCUUGCCGUGGUGAGACCGGUGGGGCCGGAGGAUAUCGCCGGAGCGGUGAAAGCGGCUCUGAGGUCUGAUAAACUCACGGUGGCGGCGCGUGGAAACGGCCAUUCUAUCAACGGUCAAGCCAUGGCGGAAGGAGGACUCGUCGUCGAUAUGAGUACCACGGCGGAGAAUCAUUUCGAGGUGGGUUUUUUAUCCGGCGGUGAUGCCACGGCGUUUGUUGAUGUCUCCGGAGGGGCAUUAUGGGAAAAUGUGUUGAAACGGUGCGUUUCGGAGUACGGUUUGGCGCCGAGGUCGUGGACGGAUUAUCUUGGGUUAACGGUGGGAGGUACGUUGUCAAAUGCCGGCGUUAGUGGACAAGCGUUCCGUUACGGACCACAGACGUCAAAUGUAACGGAGUUAGACGUCGUAACGGGAAAUGGUGACGUCGUUACUUGCUCGGAGAUUGAGAAUUCAGAGCUCUUCUUCUCCGUUUUAGGUGGUCUUGGUCAGUUUGGUAUCAUCACCAGAGCUAGGGUUUUGCUACAGCCAGCUCCAGAUAUGGUGAGAUGGAUAAGAGUAGUAUACACCGAGUUCGAUGAGUUCACUCAGGACGCCGAGUGGCUGGUGAGUCAGAAGAACGAGUCAUCAUUCGAUUACGUGGAAGGAUUCGUGUUUGUCAACGGUGAUGACCCGGUUAACGGAUGGCCAACAGUUCCGCUCCACCCGGACCACGAGUUUGACCCGACCCGACUACCACAAUCUUCCGGGUCGGUUCUUUAUUGCCUCGAACUCGGUCUUCACUACAGAGACUCCGAUUCUAACUCAACCGUCGACAAGAGGGUGGAGAGAUUGAUCGGACGGCUAAGAUUUACUGAGGGAUUAAGAUUCGAGGUAGAUCUGUCUUACGUUGACUUUUUACUUCGAGUCAAACGGUCUGAAGAAAUUGCGAAGGAGAUUGGUACGUGGGAAACGCCGCAUCCGUGGCUUAACCUCUUCGUGUCGAAGCGAGACAUCGGAGAUUUCAAUCGGACGGUGUUCAAAGAACUUGUCAAGAACGGAGUCAAUGGUCCAAUGCUGGUGUACCCACUCUUGCGAAGCAGGUGGGAUGAUCGGACGUCCGUGGUUAUACCGGAAGGAGAGAUAUUCUACAUUGUGGCAUUGCUUCGGUUCGUGCCGCCGUGUGCGAAAGGCUCAUCGGUUGAUAAAAUGGUAGCUCAAAACCAAGAGAUCGUUCAUUGGUGUGUCAAAAACGGAAUAGAUUUCAAAUUGUAUCUUCCUCACUACAAGUCUCAAGAGGAAUGGAUUCGCCAUUUUGGAAACCAAUGGUCCAGAUUUGUUGAUAGGAAAGCUAUGUUUGAUCCCAUGGCUAUACUUUCACCGGGUCAAAAGAUUUUCAAUAGGUCUCCUUGACCCCUCCUAUUUUUGUUUUCUUCC